AUGUCAUCGUCAAGCAUCUCCCAACGGACGUGCGCCCUGCACAAGGGACCCCUCUCGGCCUGCGUCGAACAACACAACGCCAGCACCGGGACAUCACCAGCAGCGACCGACUUCCCGCAGUUCAGCAAGCUGGCCGCCGAGCUGCGCGUUCGGAUCUGGAAGGAGAACUUCAACGCCAAACCCGAGCCUCGCAUCAACGUCUUCCACGACGCGGCGCCUGGUCAGCAGCCCGACACGGACAGCAAGCACAAGGGACAAAUCCAGCACAACGAGAACGAUCCAAGCAAACCACUACCCGCGCUCAAGUACACACCCCUCUACGCAGCGACAAACAUGCCGGGCCACACCGCCGGCGCCGCCCAAGCCAAUUCCGAGGCGCGCGCCGAAGCCAAGAAAAUGGCACUGCAACCGUACGCCCAGCUUCUUCUUGAAGAAGCUGUCCGGGACGACGCCGAGCUCGAGCUGCUGGCCGGCGACCACCGACCCGACGCACAAGCUGCUGUCGACGGAGCUCUUCGGCCGAAGGCCACGGUGGACUGGGACCGCGACCUCAUCUACAUGGCGGCGACCCGCGACCUCCCGCGACACCUGCGGCAGGCGGGCUGGCGCAAGAAGGUGCAACGCCUCGCCAUCACCGUCCCCGAAGACGCCGCCUACCUACGGGGGCUCCCCACGGAUCCAGGCGGCGACGCGAUGUUCAGCCGCCAGCUCCAGUGCUGUCUACGGUGCAUGCCGGCGCUGCGCGAGGUGUACAUCGUGUUCCCCGCAGAGCCGACCGAGGCCUCGCUGGGGUCGUCUUCGUGCCCCGCGCCGGCGGCUGUGGCGACGUUGGAGCGCGACGCCUGGGGCUUCGUCGACUACCGCGGGUUCCUGCGCGCGGCCGCCGGCGGGACGACACCGCUCGGCAAGAAUGAUUCCUUUGUGUACUGCGGCAUCGCCGGCGUGAUCGGCAAGGACGACGAGUGGGCCCGGCCUGGGUAUGAGGAGCGCGAGUUUUGGACGGACACACAACUCUAUACCGUCAAGCGGGUGGUCGACGUCGAGCGUCGCGCGGCGCCGACGGGCGAGUUCUGGCGCAAGCAGAACCCCGUCAGGAAAUCCCGGUCGGAGUCGGAGGAGUCGAAGGAGUCAGUCGAAGGAGGAGGAUUAGUCCCCCCUUUAUAG